AUGCGAAGAAGGCGAUGUCAGUGUAUAAAUGAUAUAUUAGAAGAGAAUCGUCAAAUAAUUACUUGUAAAUGGUCAAGAAUACUGCCUGAUAUUAAUUUAUUUUAUAAUUUUCCUUAUAAUAUUACUAAAUCGCUUAUGAUCGAAUGUGUCAACGAUGAAAACGAUUAUCAUAAUCGACGAAUAGAAUCACAGUUCAACGAUGAUAUUUUUAAAAAUUUUUACAAUUUACAAAAUUUAAAAAUUAAGAACUGCCGUGUACGACAAUUAACAAGGCAUCUUUUUCGUGGUCUUAACAAUCUUCGUUCAUUGUCUUUAUAUAAUUUAAGCCUUAAAAAUUCUUCAUUAAUAAUUUCGGAUGGAAUCUUUGAUAAUUUACUUAAAUUAGAAAAACUUUUCAUUGUAAAUUCACAAAUACAAGCGAUUCCAUCAAAAGCAUUGUGCAGAUCGCCUAAUUUGCAGAUUUUAAAUAUAUCAUCAAACUGGUUAACAGCGGUGAAUUUGGGAGUGAACGAUUGCAUUCGUCCAAUGGAACAAUUAAUUAUCAUUGAUUUAUCAUUAAAUGCAAUCAAAUCAAUCGCGGCUAACGAUUUUAAAUCAUUGACAAAUAUACGACAAUUAAUUUUAUCAUCGAAUAAUAUCAACUAUUUUCAUCAUGCAUCAGUGAAUCGUUUGAAUAUAAUUCCAUCAACAAUAACAAAUUUAAUAAAUUUAAUAUCAUUAAAUAUAAGUUGGAAUAAAAUUGAUAUAAAUACACCAUUUGAAUUACACGCUAAAUAUAUUGAAAUACUCGAUUUAAGUGGAAAUUAUUUUAAUACAAUACCAGUAGUAAUUAUAAAUAAUUCAAUAAAUACACUUAUACAUUUGAAACUUACAAAUAAUCAUAUUAAAAAUUUAAAUUAUACUACAUUAGUCAAUUUUUCACGUCUUGAAACGGUGGAAUCUUAUAUAUUAUCGAAUAUUCCGCGUUUAUCACGAAUGAUCCUCUCAAACAAUUCAAUAAAUUCGAUUGCAAGUGAUGCAUUCAACAAAUGCCCGAGGCUCAUCGAAAUUGAUCUCUCAAAUAAUCUUAUCAGUCAUAUCACCAAUGAUACAUUUCUUAAUAUUGGACCGAAAAUCACUAGAAUUAUUUUAAAUAAUAAUCUUAUUGAAUUAUUACAAUGGAACCAAUUACCUUCAACACUAAGAACGAUUGAACUCUCCAAUAACCUUAUAACGAGAAUUGAUUCUGCAUUCAAAUCGAAUAUUAAAUAUGUUAAGUUAGAUUCAAAUCGUAUGAUGAUGUUAACUUCUGAACAAAUACCCUCAACAGCUGAAUACCUAAACAUAAGCCAUAAUCUUCUCGACAAUCUGCCAAAUGCUACAUUUUUGAAUAAAUCGUUGAAAAUCCUCGACAUAAGUUUCAAUAAUUUUAAUCGAAUAAACUAUUAUUCAUUUACUAAUAAUAAUAAUAAUAACGAUGGCGACACAUCGAUAGAAAUUUUUAUCGAAGGUAAUCCGCUUAUAUGUUCAUGUGAAAUGAAUUGGCUUAUUUCGAACGACAAUAAUUAUGCGCAAGUUCCAUUAAUAUCUUCAUCACCAUUAUUGCUACCAGUAACAGGAGGAGGUAAUUUAAGAAUAAAGGAUAAACAUCUGGCGACAUGCAAACAUCGUAUAGAUAAACGAAAUAUACCUUUAUUAAAGGUGAAAGACGAUGAUUUACUAUGCAAUUAUAAACAGAUUUGUGAACCAGGCUGUAUUUGUUGCCAAUAUGGCAAUUGUGAUUGUAAAUCAAAAUGUCCCAGUGGCUGUAAUUGUUACCAUAAUUCUAAUUACUCAAUUAAUAUUGUACGAUGCUUAUCGUUAAAUAAUACGGAUCGAUCGAAUUUUUCACCGAAAGAUUUACCGAUGUAUGCAACGAACAUCUUCCUAGAAAAUAUGCACAUACCAAUAAUUCGUAGCCAUGAUUUUCUUGGUCGAACUCGCUUACUAAAACUUUAUAUAAAUAGUUCGUCGGUUGAAGAAAUUCAACCAUUAGCUUUCAAUACAUUACCUUCGUUAAUGCUUUUGGACCUUUCUGGUAACAAAUUGACAACAUUAACUGGUGACGAAAUGUAUCGAACAAAUAAAGUAACACAUCUUUUUCUCAAUAGUAACCAUUUAACAUCUCUUCACGAAAAAUUGAACAGAGAAAUGCCAUUACUACAAUAUAUUACUUUACAUGAUAAUAAAUUCAAGAAUAUACCAGAGAUAAUUGAUAAAAAAAUUGAUUUCGCUGGUUUAUCACUAGGACAAAAUCCAUAUCGUUGCGAUUGUGAUAAUCGUUUUCGUAUGCAGUCAUGGCUUAUCGAAAAUAUUAAAGUUAUCGCUGAUGUUAAAGAUAUUUUUUGUAUUGAAAAUAUUACGGAGGCGUUUCUUAAAAACGAUACAACAAUAUUAAGUGCAUAUCCACCGAAUAUUGGUCACGAAAUCUAUGCUGUGCCCAUGUUACAAUUCAUUGAAAAUAUUAAUAAAAUCAAAAUGGUACUAAAAGCAAAACAAGAACGUCGUCGUUAUAAACUUCCUGUGAAAACAGUUACUACAACAACACCAAUAACAUUAUCAUCAUCCAGUCCAGUACCAUUAAUUAAUUACGAUGCAUUUAUAAGUUACUCGAAAAAAGAUGAAAAAUUUAUUAAUGAUAUUAUAUGCAGGCAAUUAGAAUCGGAAGAUUAUUUACUAUGUCUGUUACAUCGUGACUGUCCAAAUUACAAUACCGAUUGUGCCAUUAAAUUACAUUCGGUCUGCGAUGAAUUAAUCAGGCAAAUUGAUUAUUCACAAUCGCUAAUUAUUGUUUUAACAAAAAAUUUUCUUGAAAACGAAUGGGGAACUUUACAAAUUAAAACAUCGCAUUGUUUAUUCGCUAAGAACCGAACAAAAAAAUUAAUUGCCUUAUUAGGCGAUGGCAUUGAACGAAAUGAAUUAGAUCAUGAACUAGGUCGAAUUUUACGUAAAAAUACUUGUAUUCGUAUUAAUGAUCCAUUAUUUUGGAAUUUAUUACAUUCAUCAUUACCACUUAAAAUUAACUUUUACAAUGAUGCUGGUGGCGCUAUUCCUGGCCAUAGCAAUAAUUCAUCGCAAAUCUAUUCCGAUUGUUACGGUAAUAUUGUACCUAGCAAUAUUAUCUAA